AUGAUUGCGUUGGAAAUCGUCAAAAACUAUAUCCAAAGACGGUUCGCGUCGACCGACCCGUUGAGACCUCCCUGUAAGACAUUACGCGUGAGGAAAGACAUCAAAUGUCUGUCCAAACGGGAAAUGUCUGAUUUGAUUGACGUGUUUAAGGAGUUGUACGCAAACGGUGUAAUGGAUUUGUAUUCGUUAGUUCACGGCUCGUAUUGGCCGUCAAUCCAUAAGUUUAGCGAAGCUGUUCCGUGGCAUCGAUGGCAUAUCAAUCAGUUUGAACGCGAAAUGAGAAAAAUUAACCCUAAGAUUACUCUUCCUUAUUGGGAAUAUAUCACUGAUUUCGCUGCUCCGGAGAAGAGUUCAAUUUGGAAGACUUUCGGGAGAGCCGGUGGCCGUCAUAACGGGUAUUGUGUACCCGACGGCGCUUUUGCCUACCAAAGGGUUCAAUACCCAAACCCCCAUUGUCUACAGCGACAGUGGAAUACCAAUAAAACAAUGCCUGUUUGGGAACCACCCGAAUGGGUCACUUCACUCACACAGACAUCCAAGACUUGGGGAGAUUUUGCACAAUUGCUAGGAUAUUCCGCUCACUUUAAAAUCCAUCUACACGUUGGCGGCUAUGAGGGAGAGAUGAGCGACAUUUGGGCCACAAAUGAUCCCGUUUUCUACAUAUUUCACGCACAUGUGGCCGACUAUGCGAUAUUGAAGUGGCAGUUGGCGGACGACCAGAAUCUACUGCCCAUUAGUUAUAAUCAGGGAAUGAAACACGACUGGCAAAGGGAUGAGAUAACCAGCGCUGACAUUGAAAACGAUUACUUGACUUAUUAUGAAAAGGCGAGGAUUAAAGAGAUAUUUCAGAUCGGUUUCGGCGACAUGUGUUAUAUUCACGACCAAUUAGUGCAACCGAUACUCGAUAUUGUGGCUAAAAAGCGGCCAAAAUUGCCGAAAAUGGCCCGAAAUCUGAGGAAAAUGCUUCCGAACGAUGUCUAUGAAAACUAUUUCCCAAAGUUUGCCGCAAAAACGGCCACAUUUUUUGACUACUUUCUACCAGUUGUACACAACGGUGUCCACAAACCUAAGGGUUAUUGCAAUGAAUUGCCGAUCGCUUUAAGUUAUAAUUCAACCCCAAAUGGGAGACGACUGUUGGGUCAGUUGCAGACAUUGGCCGGCAUUGAUGUGACGCCCGAAGCCCUUAACGCUGAGCAACAAUACUAUGAAUUCAUCGAUGAUAUGAAUAAAUAUCGAUAUUGUUCUCCAUAUUUGCUAACAUAA